AUGACUCUAACUCUAACCAUGGCGGAUUCUCUGAUCAACACCUCCCAAGAAACUGAUUACACCUACGAUCAUCCCCCCGAGGAAGAUAACACUCCCAUCGACCUAUCUCUCCUCCGUAUCAACAGCUUCAACAACUCCUCAGAUCGCCGCCGCGCGAACUCCUCUCCUCCGCAGUUCCCAUCUCACGGAUCUUUCUCCUCUUCCUCCGCCGCCGCCACAAGCCCCGUGAAACGCCCAUCCCCAGAGCCGACGAAAGAAGCCGACGAGCCGAGGCGCAAGAAGCUGUUUCCUUCCCCGCCGGAGACUAAGGAAGACGAGGAGAUGUCUAACCGCCUGGGCUACAAGAAGGUCCCGCUUCCGGCGGAUUGCAAUCCGGCGCGAAUCCGUUCGUCUCCUGUCUACAAGCGAUCUCUCUCCGAUACAUUUGGAUCGCGAGUCGCUCAAGAAACAGCACCAUCGGGGAACAUGGUCUCUUCUCUGCCGCCGCGGCCACGGAGACCGGUGUUUGGGAGGUCCGUCUCCGAUCUGUCGCCGGCACCUUCGAUGUCGCUUCUUGGAUCUUCUUCUCGUGAAGCUAAUCAUGCGAGUCAAGAAACAGCUGAAGCCAAUAAGAUGCUGUAUGUGAUCAAGGAUGGAGUUCGUGAGUUGGAUCAGUGGUGUAACAAGCUCUUACACUACAGUGAAGCAGUGAAACAAGAUGAUAGUCCUAAGGAAGAAGUUGAGUUGCAAGAGGAUGAGCAAGAGAAAGAGUGUAAAGAAGGGGUGAAGGUGGACAGAGUAGGUGAGGCGUUUGUGGUUGAGAUCAACUGUCCAUGUGGAAGAAACUACCGAACUCUCUUCUCUGGCCGUGACUGCUACUACAAGCUCUUGUAGAUAUUCGUUUUGAUCAUCAAUCAUGGCCAUAAGUGGAAGGAUCUCUCAUGCUUCUUGUAGAUAAGGCAUACAUACGCACACAUUGUUGUUUCGUGCUUGCAGAUACUAGCUAGCUAUACACAUUGUUUACAUACGCAUUGUUUCGUUCUUUGUAUAAGAUGUCUCUUCUAGAUAGUAGUAGCUAUACAACAUUGUUCCAUUGUCAUACUAUGCUUAACAAUGUUUGUAAAGAC